UCAAAUUUCCCUUGUUUCUUCUUACAGACCAGCUUUUCAAGAAGCAUACUUACUUCAUUGCUAUUAGAUGGUAAUCAUAACUCAACUUCUGAUGAAGCUGUUUUAAGAACAGAUGCCCCAGACAGCACAGAUGAUCGGCCAAGGAUUCUGCAGGAGAAUACAACUAGUGCCAAGAUAGGAUGGAUAGGCCCCUCGCACACUGGAGAGGGCAGGAAAGAAGACGAUCCCAAUGAAGACUGGUGUGCAGUAUGUCAAAAUGGUGGGGAGCUCCUUUGCUGUGAGAAAUGUCCCAAAGUAUUCCAUCUUUCCUGUCACGUCCCUUCGUUGAUGAGCUUUCCAAGUGGAGAGUGGAUUUGUACAUUCUGUCGGGAUUUGUCUAAGCCAGAAGUUGAAUAUGAUUGUGAUAAACCGACUCACAACCCUGAAAAAAGAAAACUGGAAGAUACUGUGGGCUUGGCACCAAUAGACCGUAGGAAGUGUGAAAGACUGCUGCUAUACCUCUACUGUCACGAAAUGAGUCUUGCUUUUCAAGAUCCAGUUCCUCCUACAGUUCCUGAUUACUACAAAAUAAUCAAAAAGCCUAUGGACUUGUCCACCAUCAAGAAAAGACUUCAAGUGAAUGAUUCAUUCUACACAAAGCCAGAAGAUUUUGUGGCUGACUUCAGACUGAUUUUCCAGAACUGUGCUGAAUUUAAUGAGCCUGAUUCAGAAGUGGCUGAUGCCGGCAUGAAACUUGAAGCAUACUUUGAAGAACUACUAAAGAGCCUUUAUCCUGGCAGGAAGUUCCCUGUACAAUCUAACUGCCAGAGUGAAAAAGAUAAUCCAGAACUUAGUGAUGACUCAGAUGAUGACAUUGUACAGCCUCGGAAAAAACGUCUCAAAGGAGAAGAUCGUCAGUUGCUUAAAUGAGUCAUAUGUGGAACGUUUUUUAAAAACUAAGGAUAUUUAUCACUGACAGUUGUUGAAAGGGGAGGAGUCACGACUGCUUUGACCUGGAGGUCUGUGGAUAUUUACUUGACUUUCUACCCCUUAUCUGAAACACAAUUCCAGGGGAGAUCCAGAGCUGCAGAGAGCUUCCUUGAAGUUGCAAACUUGCAGCAUGCUUCUGGAACAGCGCAGAAACUGUGAUUUGUGUGGGAUGACAGCUGUUUGACUUUACUUUGAAGAAGAAAAGAAGUUUGUAUAGAAUUGAACUUUAAGAUGUUACAUAGGUUCAACAUAUGGUUUUCUGAGUUUGAAGAAAAUGUGAUCUCACCAGACAUUUAAUUUUACCAAAGGCAUGUGGCUGGCCAUGAUUUGGUUUCUUUGUACUGUAUUUAACACAAGCCAUGAAAACAGAUGUUGUAAUAUUGUUGUCCUACAAUACUGACUGAUACAAUGAAAGUGUAGUUGCCCCUAAAGAAGUUACUGGUUAAUUUUAAAAUGUGAGGGAGAGUGUAUUAAAAAUAACUUAAAGAAAAAAGGAAUUUGAGAGUUUUUAAUAGAGGAAGGAAAGGACAUGGUGCUUUGUUUUGUACCAUUUUCCCACAGCCAGCAAGAAACAAUGGUAUUCCUAUACAAUAUGUUGUUUAAAAGGUGCC